CUACAAACGCUAAGGAACUUAUCCUAAAACGACUCAAUCUAAAUCUUCAAAAAGAAAUAUCUAAAAUUAUAGAGAAAUUAUGCGCAGCUAUUAUGAGUUAAGUGUGGAUAUGAGGAUUAAUGGAGGGAGGUUUUGUACAGGAUGUCAGUGUUAUUAACAAAAUAACAAAAAACAUUUAUGUUUGUAAUUGCAAAUAGAAGUUGCAUAGAAUGGAAUCAACAGGUUUCGUAAACAAGGAUCCGAUUAAUUCAGAAUGCAAUAUGAAUUCAACAAUUAAAAAUAGCACUAAGGCCAAUAUGGAAUACUCAAAAGCACCAAAGGAUGCAAGUGUCAAAAUAAAAGUUACGGAUGGUGGUGUCAAAGAUGUUAAAGGUAAAGAAGAUGUUAAGGUCAUUGCUAGCAAAACUAUAAAAUCAAAUACUAAUUCUGUAAAAUUAAAUGAAAAUGACUUAAAACCAGAAAACAAUAGGCCUAUAAGACUGCAGAAAGAGGUGAACAUGACUAAACCAAUCAUAUGGGUCGCAAUGGAAGAUGCAAAUGUGAAGAAUAAAGCAGUCAAGACCACAAAACCUGAAACUAAAGUCACCAAGCCAAAUGACAAAGUCACCAAAUCUGAUGUUGGAGUGUCCAAACAAGCAAUUAAGAUCAUAAAACCAGAUGUCAAUGCCACUAAACCAGACCCUGAUGUGGUCCAUAAAGUUGUUAUUCCCCAAGUUAAUAUCAUUAAACCGGAUUCCAAUGGUUCCAAACAAAUAAGUCCAAGAAGAACCAAUCCUGAGGUAAAAAUUACAGCACCAGAGGAGGGGACUUCAGAAGAAUCAGUGGACUCUGGGGAGGGAGAAUCAGUCUCAACAACCCAGGAGACCAUUACGCAUAAAUGGAUCCGUAGUUUUAGCCACCAUGUAAAGGGAAUGAGACGCAAUGCCCUGGAUAUGAUAGUUGGGACAUACAGGGAGAAACAGCUCUUAGGUAAGACCAGGAUAUAGAUGCUUUUUUAACACACUUAUUAGUAAAAGCACUCUUGUUGAUUUCCAUGGGGUUCUAGAAGGGUUCUUUGGAUACGGAUAUGAAAAUGGCCAUGGGGACAUUUUAAAGCU